AUGUCGGAGACAGUUUUGUCGAGAUUUAAAGAGAUUUGUCGCUGUUGUCAUUCAGAAGGAAGUUUUAAAUCUCUUAAAGAAUCGUACAGGUUCAGAGGAAAGAUAGAAAUGUACAGCGACAUGCUGACGGAGACCUUUGGAUUAAAGUUAAAUCCAGAAACACUUGAAGUUGGCUGUAAUAUUUGUGAUGAUUGUGUUGUAAGGCUCCGAGAUUCAACCAGAUUUAAGAAUCAAGUAGAAGCUUGUGAAGAAAUGUUCAAUCAGAUUUAUGCACAGUAUUAUAAAAAUAUUAAAGUGGAAGUGGAUGAUGACAGUGAUUUUGAAGUUAAAAAUGAAGUUGAAGCAGCAAAUGAAGUUGAAUUAAAUGAAGUGAACUAUUCAAGUGAUGUUAGUAUCAAGCAUGAAUUUGUUAAUGAUGAUAGUUGUGGUGAUAUUGAUAUAGUGAAACACGAAGUUUCAUAUUCUGUUGACGACGAAAAUGUAUGGAAUGUGGGAAAUGGGGAUCAUUUUGAAAAAGAUAAAGGUGGGUAA